GAAUGCUCCGGGGUCAGACCCAUGAGGUGAAGCCGUGUGAACUCCUUGCCUUGGAGACAGUCUGCUCCCAGAGUGGAGACUUCCCCAGAGUCCUGCCCGGCUCCGUAGGGAGCCGUUUCCGAGCAUCGCUCGGGGACUCCGUGACACGCCCCGUCUGGUUUGCCGCGGCUGCCCAGGACACGCCCCGGGGGCUCAGCGUUCGGUGGCCGGCGUGUGGCAUGAACGGGCCAGGGCCGGCUCGCGCAAUAAAGAUUCUCGCUCUUGACUGGACGGCUAGGUCUGUGAUCUGUGCCUGGAUGCAAACACGGCCCCCUGGGGGGAGAGGCCCCCUGCCCCAUUCCCUGUCCCCCCGAGCCAGCCAGUCCCUGCCGUGGGGCCGGAUGGGAGCCGGCGCCCCCUAGAUGGGACAGGCCCCAUGCCCCAUUCCCUGUCCCCCCGAGCCAGCCAGUUCCUGCCAUGGGGCCAGAUGGGAGCCAGCCCCAUCUAGAGGGGACAAGCCCCCACCCCAUUUCCUACCCCCCAAGCCAGCCAGGCCAUGUCCUGGGGCCGGAUGGGAGCUGGCGCCCCCUAGAGGAGACAGGCCCCACAUCCCAUAGCCUGUUCCAGAGCCCCCCUAUUUCCUCUCCUAAAUACCCCACCCCCACUCCCAGCCGCCUCCUCUGAAUUUCUGGGCCCAAAUCCCCCCCAGGCCCCUUUUCUGCCACCUCCCUUCCACCCACCCCCCAAAUAGGGAACUGAGCAGCUAAUCAUUUCUCUCCCAGCUGCCGCAGGGCGCCACUUCCUUCCAGGUCUUUCACCAUUUCCUCUCCUUCUCUCACCCUUUCUCGUUCACUCGUUCCUGCCCCGUCCUGCAGCAGAGGGGCUGCCACGUGCUGGUCCUGGGCUCAGACCCCCCACACACACACCCCAGCCCCCAGCCCCACCUGCAGCUACGAGCUGGCCCUGGCUCUCCAGCCACGAGGCUGGUGUUUCUGCGUCCGGCGCAUCUUCGGUCCCCUCUCUGCUCCGUACCCGUCCGUCGAGCCCCGGCACAGGACGAGGGAGCCCAGACACCAUGGCGGUAUCAGGGGCCUGGCCCCAGCCGAAAAUCCGGCCUACGCUCCUGCUCUUUCUGGUAGCUGCAGCCUGUGCACUAACAACACUCGAAUUGAAGGCGAACGCCAGCUCAGGGACCAGUGAGGAAAACCGGCACAAUGGUACCGGUCUGGAAACUACCUCGCCCUCUGCCGAAUUAACCAGCACCAGCCCCGGGCCCUCUGCCGAAUUAACCAGCACCAGCCCCGGGCCCUCUGCCAAAUUAGCCGGAAACAGCACCGAGCCCUCUGCCAAAUUAGCCAGCACCAGCCCCGGGCCCUCUGCCAAAUUAGCCGGAAACAGCACCGAGCCCUCUGCCAAAUUAGCCAGCACCAGCCCCGGGCCCUCUGCCAAAUUAGCCGGAAACAGCACUGAGCCCUCUGCCAAAUUAGCCGGGCAUCCACCCACCGCGGCACAGCAGGAACUCAGCACCACCCAGACGCUGGCAACGAAGGAGCCGGUUGUCUCGGUGUCUCCAUCUGCCCUUCCCUCUACGGAGGCAGCCCUGGCCCUGGGAGCCGGCCCGGUCGGGGCGACGGCAGCGGGUGGAAAACAGCCCGUCACGAAUCUGACGCGGGAGGGACGGACGGGGCAAGCGGGCAGGGUCCCAGGGAGCCCCGGUCCGGAGCAGGAGACUCAGACACUGCCAGGCAGGAGUGGGCAGAACGAGAGUGCCCCCACGGAGCCCGCCAAGGCCAAGGGCAUCGAUCAGAGCGGGGACAACCGGACCGUGCCAGCCAGCACCGCUCGGACCGGAGGCUACUGGGAGAACCAGCCCACCCCCGAACUCUCACCCUCUGCUCUACCCCCCGCUCCGCCUGUCAACGAAAAGACCAACUCCAAGGCUCCGACCCCCACCCCCACCCCCACCCGCCAGCUGCACGUGGGCAUCAUUGUGGUGCUGGUCGUUGUCGCCAUCCUGGUGCUGGCCCUGCUCGCCAUGGUGCUGCACUGUCGGAAGCGGCGCCGGUCCGGCUCCACCAGCUUCAGCGGGCGGGCGGGGCCCGGCGAGUGGGCAGGGCCGGUGAGCCUGCCAGAGGAGAAGGGCGAGGGGCAGGCUGGGGACGGGGGGCAGCAGGCCGGGCCAGGCGAAGCCAGGCGGCCCACGCUGACCACUUUCUUCGGGAAGCGCCAUUCCCGGGUGUCCUCGGUGGCCAUGGAGGACGUAGCCGGGGCGAAGGGCGAGGGGCCCCUUUCGGAGCCCCUGCUGGCUGCAGGGGAACAGGGGGGUGACCCCACGCCACAGGGGGCAGGGGAAGCCAAUGGGACAGUGCCCUUGAUGCCCGGACCCCCCUCACCCCCUCCGGAUCCCCCCGCCAAUGGGGAAUUCCCCCUGCCCCCGCCCAUGGAGCAGGAAGCCAUGCCCCCUGCGUAAGCCCCGCCCCAAUCACCUGCCCCGCCCACAGCGCCCCCUGCUGGGGGAGGCCGGGCCUGGAAUAGUUGGGAGCUCCCCAUAGCCAGUGCCCCGCCACCCCACAGCAUCCCCUGCUGAGGGAGGCCGGGUCUGUUUCCAUCUGCCCACCUAGGCUCUGUGGGAUUCCUUGUCUUUCUUGCUCAAGUCUUUCUUUUGUCUUUUGCAAGAUUUUCCGCGGUCCCCAGCCACAAGUUUCCUGUUUAUGAUUCACUCUUCGAGGCCGUUUGAAUUCGGAGAGAACAGUUUAGGGUGUGAACAGCAUAGAACCCAGGAGUCCUGGCUCCCACCCCAUCCCCUGCUCUAACCCACUAGACCGCACUCCCCUCCCAGAGCCAGGGAGAGAACCCAGGAGUCCUGGCUCCCACCCCAUCCCCUGCUCUAACCCACUAGACCCCACUCCCCCCCCAGAGCUGGCUGUAGAAACUGGCCAUCCAGCUGAGAGUGGGGAUGGGGGGAGCCUAGGCCUGGGCUAGCAGGGGCUGUGGGUCGGGAGUGAGGGGCACCGGCAGAGCUG